AUGGACAGUCAGAGUUUGUGCACUGGGAAGGCGGCUGCUGUUAUCGCAUUAGGAGCAGGUGCAUCGUUUUUCCUCCGAGGAGGCAAAGACUCGCUUGACCGAGCAGGAGACGAGUCCCUGUUGUUGGGUGAUACAAGUUAUCUGACCUGGGCAGCGCUCUGCAUCAUCGCCGGGGUUUCGCUUCUCGUCUUUGGCUGGCUUUACAAACUUUUCUUCAGUCCCCUGGUGCUGCUGAAAGCGCCCGAUGAUGUGGGAUACAUCGCCGAGGACGGUCGCUCCAGAGCCCGGGCUGCUAAUGAGGUCCGCCGGCGGAGGAAAGUCGGUGAGCUGCCUCCGGUUUAUCCGAACGGCUGGUUCCGAGUGCUGGACUCACACCUGCUGGAGAGGGGCGAGGUCAGGAGCGUCACUGUUGUAGGUGAGCAGGUGGCAGUGUUUCGAGGCCAGGAUGGGAAGGCCUAUGUGUUAGAUGCCUACUGCCCUCACCUGGGGGCCAACCUGGCUGUGGGAGGACGAGUGGUGGGAAGCUGCUUAGAGUGCCCCUUUCAUGGAUGGCAGUUUGAGGGCAACAAUGGCAAGUGUGUGAAGAUCCCUUAUGCAGAGAAAGUACCAGAGUUUGCCAAAGUGCGCAGUUGGCCCAGCUGUGAGGUUAACGGUCAGAUCCUGGUUUGGUUUCACUGUGAUGGAGAGGAGCCUCAGUGGACCGUCCCCGAGCUGCAAGAAAUCACCAAAGGAGAGUGGGUGUACCGGGGCAGAACUGAACAUUUCAUCAAUGCUCACAUACAGGAAAUUCCUGAAAAUGCAGCAGAUAUUGCUCACCUUGGACACCUGCACACGCCAGGCCUUGUCAGUGGAGUAGAUCUACGUUACACCAACAGCAAAAUCUGGGAAUUCAUACGGCAUGACUGGAAGGCUCAGUGGGAACCAGAGUCAGAGCCCAACAAGCACUGUUCUAAGAUGUUGCUGAAACAUGCAAUCACGGUUUUUGGACGCCACUGCUCUCUGCUGGAUGUCAACGUUGUGGCCAGACAGGUGGGUCCAGGGUUGGUGUUUCUGCUUUUUGAGCACAGUUUCCUGGGUCGGGGUGUCAUCCUUCAUUGUGUGACUCCAGUGGAGCCUCUGCUCCAGUGUGUCUCUCACAUCACCUUCUACCAGUCAAACAUCCCACCGAUAGUUCCCAAGUUCAUCCUUAUAGCAGAGUGCACUCAGUUUGAGAGAGAUGUGAUGAUCUGGAACAAUAAGAAGUACAUCUCCAAGCCUCUCCUUGUGAAGGAGGACUCAGCCAUCCAGAAGCACAGGCGUUGGUACAGUCAGUUUUACAGCGAGAACAGCCCGCGGCUGCAGUACCAGCGCGACACUUUGGACUUCUGA